AUGACACAGUCAGAGGUUAUUAUCAAGCCUAUAACGACCAAUAUACCAAAGUCUAUUGAAGAUUUACCAGAUAUUGUAUUAGGAGCAGGAGUUUUCAACUAUCAAUACACGGAUGACCCUCAUGGCUUAUCUGCUGAAAAUGUUUUAAGAAAAGCAUUUGACCUUGGUAUACGUGCUUUGGACACAUCUGCUUAUUAUGGUCCUUCAGAAGAGAUUGUGGGAAAGGCCCUGAAGAGUAUGGCCUCGGAGUACCCAAGAGACACGUAUCUGAUCUGUACGAAAGCGGGUCGUGUAGCAGAAAAUAACUUCGACUAUUCUGCAGCAUCUAUUAGAAGCUCUGUCUUGAGAAGCUUGGAAAGACUGAAUACCACAUAUCUGGAUGUUCUGUAUAUACACGACGUUGAAUUUGUCGAGACUAAACAGUGUUUAGAAGCUAUUGACGAGGCCUUCGCGUUAAAGAAAGCGGGCUACAUCAAAAACGUAGGCAUAUCUGGCUACCCACUUGACUUUUUAUUAUAUUUAGCUACACUGGCAAAGAAUACACUAUCACAUGGAUCUCUGGACAUCAUACUGAGUUAUUCCAACUUUUGUAUGCAGAACACUUUGCUGGAAGAUUAUGUUACAAAAUUUAAAACUGAAGCAGGAGUAAGGGUGGUUCUCAAUGCCUCACCUCUGAGUAUGUCGCUAUUAAGAGCUGUACCUCCUCAUCCAUUUCACCCCGCAUCUCUAGAGCUUCGUAAAGCAGUUUCUGAAGCGUCUGUUUACACCUCGCAACAUGGUGUCGACAUUUCUGAUUUGGCGGUGCGAUUUGUAUAUACUCAUUGGACUCAUGGCCCGACAGUGUUUGGUCUCCAAACUGUUCGUGAGGUUGAAACAGCAGUCCAGCAGUACUGGCAAGCCAAAACAGCAGCACAAUCCAAAGAAGACGAAGUCCUUUUGAAGGGUGUACGUGAGAUUCUUGGCAGCACUUUAAACCAGACCUGGCCAUCUGGUAUCGAGCAUCCUGAUAUGACUGCAUGA